GCUAAAACCACCAGUUACAUUGCCUGACCUUUUAAGCACCCGAGGUAAGACUGUCCAGCCCUUGAAAAGUAAUCGCCACAAGGAUGAACGUUUGGACCGUGACCUGUCUGUUGCUUAACUUUAACUAUGUGUUGACGGCCACGCUGUUCUUCAAUGCGUCCUACCCCAAAACGUCAACAACAACAACGUACCGGGCAGCGGUGUACGAACACGUGCCGGUGUAUCAGCAUGACCCUAAAGAGGUGAUCAGCAGAGAGCAGGCUCUUGGAAUCAUGAGAAAAAACCUGGUUGUGUACGAUAAACAGAGCCGGCUAGCUUCUGAGCAGGGGGCUGUUAUCAUAGUCUUUCCAGAAGACGGAAUUUAUGGUUUUGACCAUACACGAAAGUCAAUAAGGCCGUAUUUGGAACAUAUACCGGAUCCUAACUGGUGGACAUGGAACCCUUGUGAUCAUCCUAAAGCCUUGCGCGGAACCGAAGUACAACACGCAUUGAGUUGCAUGGCAAAGACAUACGGCCUGUAUCUGGUGGCGAAUGUCGGACACAUGGAAGAAUGCUGGUCUUUAUUCGAUACCAACUGCCCAUUAGAUGGGAGGUACCAGUAUAACACCAACGUCGUCUAUGACCCCCUGGGGAAUCUUGUGGCGAGAUAUCAUAAGUAUUAUCUCUUCGGAGAGCCGGGCUUUGACGUACCGCCGUUUCGAGAGAUAAGUUACUUCGACACACCCUUCGGGAGAGUGGGUACCUUCGUGUGCGCUGAUAUUCUUCAUCGGACGCCUGCGGUAGAUUUAUUCCAAAAAUUUGGGAUUCGUCACGUCGCUUUGACUACAGCUUGGGAGACCACGUUGCCGUACAUGACACCAGUGACAGUUCAACAGGGUUAUGCGGUUGCGAGUGGCGUCAACCUGUUGGCGGCAGAUACCCAGUACUUGACGUUUGACCUUGGCGGCAGUGGGAUAUACUCCGGAUCGGAAACCUUGAAGUAUGUUUAUAAUACUCAGACAGACACCGGAAAACUUCUAGUAGCAGAUGUACCGAUCUAUCCGAAAGUUCGAUUGCCUGGUUCCGGAAUUGAGAACAAGGCUUCUGCUCCAUCUGUCGGGCACCCUGCUAGCAACUACAAGAAUGAAAACUCAUCGCGGAACCCUUACUUCAACACAUCUAUGCUAGGUGACGAGUUUACGUUUGUUAUCCUGGAGGACACCGAAGAUGACGUUCAAGUUUGCAGCGAUUCAAUGUGCUGCUCGUUACAGUAUGAAUUUCGAGAGAAGCACCCCAAUGAAGUGUACGCUCUGGGAGUUUUUCAAGGUUUACAUACGGACAAGCUAAAAAUAUACAAUCAAAUCUGUUCAGUGGUGAAAUGUCGCAACUCCGACAAACUAAGUUGUGGCCAAAGCAGCAAAAGAGCCAAGUCUACGUUUAACCGUUUUGAAUUACAAGGAACUUUUGAUGCGGGGAUGGUAUAUCCUUACGUUUUGACAGUCAAUAGAAAUCAAAUAAAACUGUCUCUAACGGAAUGGCGAUAUGAAUACGGCAAAAUCACAAGUGUUGCCGGAUUUCAUGAUGCACUGUUGACAGCCACUCUGUAUGGACGAUGCUUUUCAAAAGACCCUUUCUAAUAAUAUCUGGAUUUGGUGACCUCUUUGAAGACUGAGGAUGCCACAUUCUCCACUAACCUGAAAUACACCACUGUGAUUUUCCU